UUAUUUAAAAAAUUUAUUCUAAAAAAUGUCUUAUUCAUAACGCCCAUUUAUAAAAAGAACUCUUUGUUUUAGGGCUGUUUGCCCUCCGUUUUAAUAUGUAAAGGAAAAUUUUCAAUGUUAGGAUAAAUUUGUAAUUUUCCAUGAUUACAUACAUCCAAGCGUGAUUUUGGGGUGGGUGGAAUUCAUCAAAAUACUAAAAACAUAUCACUAUCAGGUCAGACCCUGGGAGAAAGGAUGGACUUCCCUGCCAUUACCAUUCAAGAGCCAGCAGGUAGGAUGGAUCUGCAAGGCCCAGAUGAUAUUCUACUGCAGCAUACUGUUGCUCGCAUUGAGAAGAAAAUGAAGCAGUACCGUCAGCAGACGCACGAUCCUGGAUCUUACACAAUCUGCCCGUUUCCUGAUUUCCUUGUUGGCAUAGAUGAUGGGAUCCAAUCGCCAAAGUUAGCAUCAUUCGGCCCUCGUCACAGAGGCAAAGAUCAUCUCCUUCCCUUCGAAAGGCACAAGGAUGAUUUUCUUUCUAAAUUUCUUUCUCGGACGGAAAGUCUGGGAAGAGGCUUGCUCUUCUAUGUACGGACACUGAUAAAGAUCAAGGACAACACAAAAAGAUGCUAUUCUGAAAAGAUUGUUAUGCCUCCCGAUGAUGAGCUUGUUGACAUGAUGUUGCGCGAUGGGGCCUUCGUGGUAGAGCUCUUCCGUGAAUAUGAAGAGGGUAGCGAUGUCACGUGGCCAUGGCAUGUCCAAACUCUGAUUGCAGAUCUCCUGAAACUGGAGAACCAGUUACCCUUUUUCCUUCUCCAGGAGUUGUUCAAUUGCUCCAACAUUGGUCAAGGAGCAUCAAUCCGCACCUUGCCCCAGCUUGCCUUGAGAUUUUUGAACCAGGCCUUCUGUAGCCCUCCAGAUAUGGUCAACUCCCAAAUUCAACACCCCAAGCAUUUACUUGACUUAUUCCGCUUGAGUCUCCUUCCCUCUGCCAAAACAGACCCACCACAGCAAAGCAAACACCAUCCUUUGGUGCAUUCAAUACAAAGUGUAAAGGAGCUCUGUAGUACCGGAAUCACUGUAAGAAAGAACAUAGCAAGAAGCCUCUUGGAGAUAGAUUUCCGGAAAUUUCAAAUCCCACCAUUAGCCCUGAAAAUCCCUCCAGUCGCCAUAGACGAAUUCACCAACACCAUCCUGGUGAACUGUGUUGCUCUGGAGCAAUGUUUGCCAGAUCAGUCCAAACAUUUCACCGCGUAUGUAUGCUUCAUGAAUUGCCUCAUGAAGCGACCCGAAGAUGUUGGAUUUCUUCGUUCUGUGGACAUCAUCACACGCGUUUCGCAAGAUGAGAAAUAUGUUAUAAACUUGCUGAAUAGUCUUGGGAGAAAUGUAAGCUUCAGUGUUCGAGAUUGGUAUCUCUGGAAGCAGCUCCGGGAAAUUCACUCCUAUUACAACAGCUCUUGGGCAUCAAUUAGGCGCCAUUUGUUUUGCUACAACAACAUCAUGCUGUAUUGUUCUGUCUUACAGAUAGCAGUCGGUAUCCUCAGCUGGCGUCUUGCAAGGAACUAAGCCGCUUUUUGACUCCCCAAGCACAAGGUAAAGAGGAAAUACAUUGAUUCUCCUUCCUUGGAUCUGAAUUAAUAUAUCAAAGCUUGCAACCUUGGGGAAGCUUUCAAGUAGCAACAACAGCAGAAUUUACGUUUGGGUCCAUCAGAAAGGGAUGGAGUUGCGUCUUUGUGGUUAGAUGUGAGAGAUUGGGCUUGUGAGUCAACUCAGCAGAGUUAUAAUGGAGUUGGCAAUUCCGUCUCACCAGCUCUACGUAUCGGUUUCACUGUGUUAAAAUGUACUAGUACUUUUUAUAAUAUUUGAGUUAGAUGGGUUAAUGUCACAUUUAAUGUUAUGUGGAAUUCUAUUAUAUUCUCGAAUGA